AGUUAUUGAUAUGUUAUCAAAAGUAUUAAUUUUUUUUAAAUAUUCAACUUAAUCGUUAAAGGAUGUUUAAUUUAUUUUAUCUAUAAAAUCAUAAUUUCAUUAUUAAACGAGAAGGCAAAGGGAAUAGAGAAGAAAGAGUAGAAUAAAAUUUUAUAUAGCAGAAUAUACUAAUAUAUAAAAUAUAUAUAUAUAUUUAAUACUUCUAAGCCUUGUAAAUAUUUUCCCCUCUCUCUCUUCCCUCCUGCUCAACUCUUUUAUUGACACGAUUUCAACCAAAAGAGAAAAUUUAUUUGAAUAAAAAAAUAUUGAAAUUGUAGCAGGCCGAUAUUUUUUCUGUAUUUAGGUUAAAUAUUUUAUGGUACUUAUCGAAGAGAGGAAUGCUUUGAUAGUCUAAAGAAGGGAGCAGAUUUUUAAAUAAAAAACAUAAAAGAAACAAAGAUUUUCUAAAAAUCUGGUUUAUUCAAGAAGAAUGCUAUUCAUCUUAUUAAAUAUAAUCUGGUUAUUAGCAUGCUUCAAUAACGGAGAAUUUAAAACUAUUCCAUGCCCUAUUAAAGAUAAUCCGGGCUGUAUUUGUAAGGAUGAAAAUGGUAUAAAAGAAAUUGACUGCUUUAAAAUUGGAUUAAGUAAGAUACCAAUUUUUGUUCAGAAUGGACAAUCCUAUGAUCUAUUGAAAAUUGAAAAGAACUCAAUUACAACAAUACAAUCGGAUGCCUUUAAUAACUUAAGAGUUGCAGAAAUACUUAUUAAUGAAGAACGGUUAAAUUCUAUUGAUAAUAACGCUUUUGCUAAUUUACCUGAUUUAAAGAAAUUACAAAUAAUCGUUUCGAAUGUUCAAUUCUCCAAAGAUGUUUUCAAUAUCAUUUCCCUUACGGAUUUAAUUUUAUCAGGAUUUACAAUACAAAAUGGUCAACUUCCCGAUAAAGCUUUAAACGAUUUACCAAAUCUAAGGAACUUAAAGCUAGAAAAUUUUGGAUUAAAAUCUAUAAGAGAAGGGGAAUUACCGAUUAACUAUAAAACUGCAUUGGAGAAACUGUCGUUAAUCAAUAACAAACUUACAGAUUUUGCAAUUUACGGCAAAGCUGGCAAUCUUAAAGAAUUAUAUUUGAAAGGUAACGAAAUCUCUAGAAUUGAAUCGAAUAGUUUAACAAAUCUACGUAGACUUGAAAUUUUGGAUUUAACUGAAAACCGAAUAACAAAUGUAGCAGCAGGAUCAUUUGAUGCACUUGUAAAUUUGCAAAGGCUUGUAUUAGUUGACACAACCUUUAGUACUAAUCAACUUACUGAAAUCAGUAAGUUAAAAAAUCUACGGGAAUUAGACUUAUCUGGAAAUAAAGGCUUAAAUUCAUUAAAGGAUAAUCUCUUUAUAGAAGUUACUAAAUUGAGAAAGUUGUUUUUAAGCAAUUGCGAUAUUAAAGAAUUAAAAUUUAAACAUCUAAAAGGGACAGAAGGUUCAUUAAUUGAACUACGAAUGGAUGAUAAUAAGAAACUAAACUCAAUCGAAAAAGAAACAUUUGGAAGACAUUCUAAAAUUGAAAUAUUAUCAUUUCAAAAGUGUAAUCUUGCCGGUUCAUUAACGGAAGCACACUUUGAAUCUAUAAAACUUUCAUUAAAAGAGUUAAAUUUUAAAGACACGCCCUUACUGCCUAAAGAUCUACGAAUGGUUAAACCACUCAUCUCUUUGGAGAAAAUAAUACUGGAAAAUAUAGACGUUGGCGAAAUAGAAGAUAACUUGUUCCUAAAUUCGCAAGUAAAGGAAUUAUCUUUAAAGAAUAAUCCGUUAAAGAAAGUUAAUCAAAAUACGUUCGCUGGUUUAAGCGAUACAUUGGCGAUCUUACAUUUAGAACAAACGCAAGUAAGCACAAUUAGCUCUUGCGUCUUUAGAAAUUUCAACAAACUAGAUCAUUUGAGUUUAUCCAGUCUAGACUGCGAUUGUCGUCUGAAAUGGUUGCAUAGAUGGGUUCGAAAUCACAAUGAUCCUAUUUACGGUUUGUGGACUUGCAAAUCUCCUACUUCCCUCGUUGGACAAAUGUUUCGAGAUUUAGAAGAAAAUGACCUUGUUUGUUCUGGAGGAAUUGAAGAAGACAAGUGCGAACCUAUUGUAAUACCAUCGACAUUAUCACCAAAUCAGUCAGCUUUUAAUCGUUUCAAUCUAACGAAAUUGAACGAUUCGAAUCUUAAAGCAAAAUGGAUAUUAGGUUCUUUAUACGAGCCUUCCAGUAUAGAAUCAUUCGCAAUUGAUUAUUCGUCAAUUACAAAAGUUAAGGAGCAAUCUACUGAAAAGGAAAACAUUGGCGCUAAGAUUGAAAUAAAACCAAUUGAACCCGAUAAACGGGAACAAAUCAUUGAAAAUUUAAAAGAAAACACAGAAUAUGUUGUCUGCAUCCAGUUAAAAAUAAAAGGAAAGGAUGAAUAUAGUAAUAAAAUGUGUGCGAGUGCUAUUACGUCAUCAGGGAAGCAAAUUUCGAAUUCUAGUAGCUCGGCGGUUAGCAUUGCACUUGGAGUUGUUUUUGGAAUCCUGGCCGUCAUUCUAAUUAUAGCAUUAAUUGUAUUCAUUCUUUACAAAAAGAGAUUUAGUAAAAAGAAUGAUCAGCAUACAUAUGACAAACCAAUUACGGAGAGUAAUCCCGAUAUUCCUCGUUUAGGUCGGGAUUCGAAAAGAUACGCAAAGUCACCAAGAUCUAAAUCGACCGCAAAUUCUACUACCAAUCUUAUUCCAUCUAUAUCCUCUAUUUCACAAUAUCCCCAUUCGAUGUUGGAUGAUCUCACACCAUUUGAAAGAGAUAGAAUAAUAUCAAUACUUAGUCGGCCUGAGAGCGUCGCUUCAAGUCAAUAUCACUUAAUGUCUCCAGAUGAACGAGAUAGACUUAUCAAUAAACUAACACAUUCUGGUGUUAGCGGCUAUAGCGGCUUUAGCUCUCAUAGUAGAGACUCAGGCGUUACAAUGAAUACUUCAGGUGCUACUGGUCCUAAAUUACCGCCAAGACCCCCAAAUUUAGAAGGAUAUUUAAACCCAUUGGAAAUGAUGUACGAUCCUAAAUUAUAUACGGAAGAAAACAUCUACUGCGAAAUUUCUAAUCCAAAGAAUGAUUCAAAAUCACCUCCACCACCCCAAGAUAAUUACGAAGCAACGGUUUUCAAAGAAUCUUACAUAUAGGACACAAACAUCGAAACGAAAAAAAGGCAGACGAACUAGGCUUAAUAUGUUACGAAUUUGUCUUUCGCCCUAUUCGUUUUUUUUUGUGAUUUAUGCUUCUUCUUCUUCUUCUUUGUUUUAUUUUAUUUUAUUUUUUGUUCCUCUGAGAUUUAUUAUUCAAUUGAAUAAACAACAUAUCAGUUUUAA